AUGACGGCAAAUCUGACCGAUGGUCGGAACCAACAACACAUUCGACUGACUACCCAAGAAACUAUUGCUACAUGCGCCGCCAAUCUGUCUGGCUUUAUCGACCGCUGGACGGACGCAAUCCCGUAUAUGAAUGUGUUUGAGUUUCUGCGACAGAAGAUUAUGUGGAAUAUUGAUACAGCUGCAGUGGAACCCAGCACCCCUGUCUUGCCCGCAGAUGCUGAGUUGUACCUCGAGCAAUUGAAGAAGAGUUACCUGCACCGUGCUGUGCUAGGGAUGAUUGAGGAUAUGAUGUAUGGCGGAAGCAUACAGCAAGAGCAUUUCGAAGACGAUUUAAUGGAAUCUAUAUAA